AUGCGCGAAUUCAAAGUGGUCGUGUUGGGCUCGGGUGGGGUCGGAAAGAGUGCUUUAACUGUGCAAUUUGUGUCAGGAUGUUUUAUGGAAAAAUAUGACCCCACAAUAGAAGAUUUCUAUAGGAAAGAAAUAGAAGUGGACAAUUCACCAUGUGUUUUAGAAAUUUUGGAUACUGCCGGCACAGAACAGUUUGCUUCAAUGCGAGACCUGUAUAUAAAGAAUGGUCAAGGAUUUGUCGUAGUGUAUUCACUUACGAAUCACCAAACGUUUCAAGAUAUCAAGCCAAUGAAGGAAUUGAUAACGCGUGUAAAGGGUUCAGAUCGUGUUCCUAUUCUUUUGGUGGGCAACAAAGCAGACCUGGAGCAUCAGCGCGAAGUGUCCCACACGGAAGGCUCGGCACUCGCGCAGAUGUGGGGUUGCCCCUUUGUGGAGGCCUCCGCCAAAAGUCGCACCAAUGUCAACGAGAUGUUCGCUGAAAUCACUGCAAAGGCGAGGCGGAAAUGUGCCUGUCUCAGCUCGUCGGCCGGCCGUCUCCAGUGGGGAGGCCGGCGACGACGCGCCGGCCCCGGCCGCUGGGACUCCGGCGGUCGCGAUGCGCGUCAUAUCACAUUGUUAAUAUCGUUGAAACAUACCAUUGUCCAAUCAAGCAUUGGUGUGGUUGAUCGCAAUGAUUUCUUGUGGCAAUCGCCAAAUGGCACGGGUAAACGACUGGGGCGCGUGCUGUUAAACGGUAACCAGCUGUUGGAGCGUGACGUACGAAGGGCAGCAGGCUCGCCAAAUUUAAUGGACCAAAUUACAGCUGAUCCAAUGUGGGUGCGUCAAACACCUGCCUACCUCUUCUUAGAUUUGUACAAGCACCGCAAGCACAGUAAACACAUAGGCAGACGCGUGUCUGCCUAUGUGUUUACUGUCAAAUCUCAAUUAUGA